UGAAUGUGUAUUUGCUGUGGAGUACAACCGCUAUCCCCCUAUCCCCCUAUCCCUAUCCGCAAUUUAGGACAUUGUUCUCUCCGGGUACGAUUCUUAUCAUAUUAAAGAGUGGCAUUUACAAAUCAACAAAUUCAUUUGAUUCUGAAGAUGAAAUGAAACAGAAUUACGUCGAACUUGAACGCUCCCAGGAUGAACUGACUGUCGAGAAGAACGCGCUUCUUGAAAAGAUCAACGAUGGGGAAAACGAUAUAAACAAAGAACGAAUUACAUCGCUCAAUGAUGAACUUAAAGUAAAAUGUGACCGAAUUGCUGAACUUGAGAAACAAGAAGUGCAGCUACAGCUGAAAGAUGCAAAGAUUUGCGAACUAACAAUGGAGCUUGACCUACAACAAAGCGAGAUCACAACCCUUAAAGGUCGCUGCGACAUGGAUACAGUAACCAUGACUGAAUUGAAGCAAGUUUUGAAGGAGCAAGAAGAUCACAUCGGCCAGUUAGAGGCGUGUAAUGGCGAUCUAAGGUUUGGCCGCGAUGAUGUCGAAAAGCGUUUGAAGGGCGUUUGCGAAGAACUCGAGGAAGCACAGAAAAAUCUCCAGAUACUUGAAAAUGAGAUAGCUCAUAAUGCUAAAGUCUUGAAGGAGAAAACGGAAAUGUUGGAAGAGCACAAGAUACUUAUUCAAAACUUGAGUAGAAAGCUUGAGGCGAAAGAAGAGGUUAUUAAAUUGUACGUUUAG